AUGAUGGAGCUCGAGUCAACCAGUAACAGGGGUGAACUAGGAGCUGUGGGUGACCCGCUGCAGCCACAGACACCGAGCAGGCAUGAAAAAAGUCUGGGACUCCUCACUGCUAAGUUCGUAACUUUGCUGCAAGAGGCCAAGGAUGGAGUUCUGGAUCUGAAAGCUGCUGCAGACACAUUGGCGGUGCGGCAGAAGCGGCGGAUCUAUGACAUCACCAAUGUGUUAGAGGGUAUUGGGCUCAUUGAGAAAAAGUCCAAGAACAGUAUCCAAUGGAAGGGUGUGGGCCCUGGUUGUAAUACGAGGGAGAUAGCAGAUAAGCUUAUUGACCUGAAGGCAGAACUUGAUGAUCUGGCCAUCAGAGAACAUGAGCUGGACCAGCAGAGAGUUUGGGUGCAGCAAAGCAUAAAAAAUGUCACAGACGACUCCAACAACAGUCCUAUGGCAUACGUGAAACAUGAGGACCUCUGCGGAGCGUUCAAAGGUGACACACUUCUUGCAAUACGCGCUCCCAAUGGCACUCAGCUAGAGGUGCCCAGGCCAGAUGCUGUAAGUACUGUUAUGAAUGGACAAAGGAAAUACCAGAUCCGUUUGAAAAGUUCUUCUGGCCCGAUUGAGGUUUUACUGGUUAACAAGGACCCGUCCAGUGCCUCUCCAGUUGUUGUGUCCGUGCCUCCUCCAGACGAUGUACUUCAGAGCCUUCCGGCACCAACAUCAUCCUCCCAUAUUACUAAAGCAGUUCCAGAACCUAUGAAAACUGGUUCUUCUAAUGCAUCAGCCAUCACUCAAUCAACCUCAGGGAUAGAAGCAACGAGCGCCACGCCACUCAGUCCCACCAUUGCUGCCCCUCCUGCCAUUUCGCAACAACUUCAAUCAUCCGCCUCCUUGGAUGGAUCUGUGUCGUCAUCAGCUUCCACAGUCUUUGAACCAAUGAAGUCGGACCCAUCUGAAUUGCUGGACUUUCCCAAAGAGCUUUCAGAAAUGUUUCAUCCAACUAAAGAGAUCAUGAGUGGGGAUUUGUUGGACGACUUGAUGGCGUCAGAAGUGUUUUCCCCUCUGCUGCGUCUGUCACCUCCACCAAGUGACCAUGACUACAUAUACAACUUGGAUGAGACAGAAGGCUUAUGUGACCUCUUUGAUGUCCCUAUUUUAAACCUCUGA